ACCAUUUUCCCUCCUUUUUCUCUUUCUCCAUUGUUUCCUUGCGCUUCCUUCGGAUCUCAAGUCAUCUUCUUCCCUUCACUUGCUCAUCACCAUAACAUCAUUUUUCCUUCCCCUGUUUCCAUUACCGAGAGCCCCCAAGCUUAAUUCUUUCUUCCCCUUUGUGGCUCUCGAUCUUAAUCGGAACCAAAAAAGAAGAAUCCUUUGCACUUUGGGUUCCUUUGAUUGUUAUGUGACACUCCAUCCUCUUGUUGUACCCGUACUUUUCACUUGAUUCCGGAUUACCCUUUUUUUGUACCCCAAGAAAAAAAAAAGAGAUUAAGAUGAAGAUGGACAGCUUAGCAUCGCAGCUAAAACGGAGGAUCUCCCGCCAAUUCUCGACGGAUUCUUUGAAACGGACUUUGAGCCGUCAAUUCACACGGCAGUCGUCUCUUGAACCGUGGAGGAACAACCGACGGUUUAGCUUCGGCCGGCAGUCGUCGUUGGACCCCAUUAGGAGGAAAAGCAUUUGGGAUGAGACGACGGUGCCGAACAACCUCGACUCGACCAUGCAGCUACUGUUCAUGGCGUGUGGAGGAGAUGUUAAAGGGGUUGAGGAUUUGUUGAACGAAGGGGUUGAUGUCAAUAGUAUCGAUCUUGAUGGACGUACUGCUUUGCAUAUCGCUGCUUGUGAAGGUCAUGUUGAGGUUGUUAAGCUUCUUCUUAAAAGGAAAGCUAAUAUCGAUGCCCGUGAUCGUUGGGGUAGCACGGCGGCUGCUGAUGCUAAAUACUAUGGCAAUGCAGAAGUGUAUGAAAUUUUGAAGGCCAGAGGAGCCAAAGUUCCUAAAACCAGGAAGACGCCAAUGACAGUUGCUAACCCUCAAGAGGUGCCGGAGUACGAGCUUAACCCAUCGGAUCUUCAAAUUCGGAAGUCUGACAGUAUAACAAAGGGAUCAUAUCAAGUGGCAAAAUGGAAUGGCACGAAAGUUUCAGUCAAGAUAUUAGACAAGGACAGCUAUUCCGACCCUGAGAGCAUAAAUGCUUUCAAGUAUGAACUAACUUUACUAGAAAAAGUUCGACACCCGAAUGUGCUUCAAUUCGUCGGAGCUGUUACGCAAAACGUUCCCAUGAUGAUUGUUUCAGAGUAUCAUCCGAAUGGUGACUUGGAAAGCAAACUUCGAAAGAAAAGGCGUCUGUCGCCAUCCAAAGUUCUAAGAUUUGCCGUCGACAUAGCAAGGGGAAUGAAUUACCUUCAUGAAUUUAAACCAGAUCCUAUCAUCCACUGCAAUUUACAGCCAAAAAAUAUUUUGCUGGAUAGUGGUGGUCAGUUGAAGAUAGCCGGAUUCGGUUUGCUGAGAUUGUCGAAAUUAUCCGCCGACAAGGUUAAAUUAGCACGUCCAAACGAACAACUCGAUCCAUUGAAUAUAUGUAUGGCACCAGAAAUUCGGAAAGAUAUGAUAUUCGAUCGAAGUGUCGAUGCAUAUUCUUUCGGUGUUAUGCUAUAUGAGAUGACUGAAGGAGGAGUGCCUUUCCGAUCUAAGCCUGCUGAAGAGGCGGUGGAAUUGAUGUGUAUCGAACAACAGAGACCGCCACUCAAGACCAAAUCGAAAAGUUAUCCUCCAGAAUUAAGAGAGCUUAUUGCAGAAUGCUGGGAUCCAGAACCUCUUGUAAGACCGACUUUUUCGGAAAUCAUCGUACGAUUAGACAAAAUAGUUUCUGGUUGCACGAAACAAGGGUGGUGGAAAGAAACUUUCAAGGUUCCUUGGAAAUAAGGGGAAGGAUCGGUCAACUCGGAAAAGAGGAAACCGAACAAAGAUUUCGAGGGAGGUUUCGAGUUCGAGAUCGUGUUUUGGAAGCUUCAUCUUGAAGAAUGUGAGAUGUAAUAAUUCUUUGAGCUGAACAAAGUGCAAAACCAUGUUGUCAUUGAAAGAAAGUGAUGAACAUCCCCUCCCUGUCUCUUCUUUCUUGGUCCGUCUUUUUUUGUGUAAAAGAGCUUACAAAUUGGAAAUGCUUAUUGGUGAA